CGGAGGAGCGGCGUGGCGUUGUGUGCUGCCGCCAGCGGCAACAACCAACGAGCGAGGGCCUUGGCCCGCUUGCGAGCGGGGGGCGAGCGCCGGUUCCCCUGACCUGCUUCCCUUCUCCCCGCCACCCGAAACUGGGUCAUGGAGCACGCACACACACACGCGCGCGCACGCUCCCCAAGUGCGCUCUCGCUCUCUCUGGGUGCCUGGCGGCUGCUCGCGAAACGGCCCGGCUGCUGCCAGAAAAAGAUCUGCCGCGCGCCUCACCGCUUCUUCGAUGGCGGCCGGCUUUGGCCCACCCCUGAUCGUUACGUGAACGUGCGCGUCUCCAUUCAAUCGGGACCGCGAGAUCGUUCGGCAAAUUUGAUUUUUUCCCCGGUAAUUCCGCCGUCGUCGAACGCGAGUCUUCAAGCACCGGAGUGAAUUUUCGUGCUAAAGCAACUGCCCCGUCGUCUGCUAAAACUCUUGCCGGCGUGCGUCCGUCGGCAAAGCGGCGAGCGUGUGUCGUCUGCUACGACGCCGGCGUGUGUGUGUGUCGUCUGCUAGCAGCGUGUGCUUGCACCUGUGAUCGUCUGCAAUCUUCAACGCCGCAACGUGUUUUUCCUGACGAGAAUCUGUGCGGAAUUUUACUAAAAACCAUACUUUGUGCAGCAACGACGUCGUCAUCGUCCGUCCGUGGAACUAAAGGAAGUUCGUCUGCUGCCGCAAGGUGGUCCGCACCCGCAUGUCUGCUUCGAGAAUCUUCCGAAGAUCGUGAUCCCGCUGUGGUUGAAGCGUCAGAAAACGAAUAGUUUUGUCGGCGUUUGGCACGUGGCGUUCGGUGAAGAGAUGUACUUAAGGUACCGUUUCGAAAGUGAACACUUCGAUGUUAACGGUUGAAAGCCGGAGGAGAAAACUGAAUGUACUCCGAAAGUGUGUCUGUGGUACUCGCGAAACAUGUGAAGUGCUAAAGACAGGGAACAGAACCGACAGCACCUAGUCGUCGUAGCGAUAUACACUUCGUGGCUACCAUUUUCGAUUUGCAUCGUGGUGCUUCUCUGAGGAUUUGAGCACCAGUACUUUUUUCCCUUUGUUAUCCUCUUCGUGUGUUCAUCGACUCUUCUUAUUUAAGCCGAUGGGCCUCUGCCAUGAUGGUCACUGAAGGAGAGCCCAUCGCCAAGCAGCCCCGUCCGGGCGAGUGGCUCUGCUCGAUGGCGGCGGUUGCCGCGUCGGCGGCCGCAGCCGUGGACCUUCGCUCCCGCGAGCCACUGUUCCCGACGCGCAAGCAGCGCGAGUUCAUACCGGACAACAAGAAGGACGACACCUACUGGGACCGGCGGCGACGGAACAACGAGGCCGCCAAGCGGUCGCGAGAGAAGCGGCGCCUCAACGACAUGGUCUUGGAAACGCGGGUCCUCGAGCUGGCCAAGGAGAACGCCGUGCUACGAGCUGAACUCGCAGCGCUUAGCGCUCAAAAUUCUCCCCAACUUUACGUCUCUCCCCUCAGGGAUAAAUUCGGCAUUCGCGGCUCGCUCGUGGUCGAGCAACAAGCCCAGCAACACCACGCCGACAUAGCGGUCCCAGUUCCAGUGCCGGCCGCGGCCGCGGCGGGCCUCACCGACCUGCGCGGCCGACGGAACAAGCUGCUAUCCGCGCUACUACCGGCGCUGGUACCGCCGUCGCCGACUUCCGCUUCAACUACCCAGCCACUCGCAACCUCGCCCUCACCUUACGCGGCCGCGUCUCUGGCACAGCAGGCGCAGCAAGCGCAACAGCAGCAACAGCAACAGCAGUUGCAGCCGCACCAGAAUCACCUCCUGAGCCAGAGUCAGAACCACCUGCACCACCACCACCAGCAGCUGAGCCAGCAGCUCAACGGCCAGCACCCGCCGGCGCUCCUGUGCGCCGCGCCCACGCCGGCCCUGGAAGACCACAGGACGGCAGCGACGGACCAGGAGUCGUCGCCCCUGUCUUCGGGUUCGUGGUCAUCGGCGGAAGACAGUCCCCCGGCGCACCACUUCUGCCUACCGCACAAGCUGAGGCACAAGUGGCACAUCAGCGGCACGGAGGGCGGCGUGGCCCCGCCGGGCGGCGCGGCCGUCGUCAUCACCGCCGCCGCCAUGGUGUCCGGAAACGGGAACGCCGGGAGCAACGGCAGCGGAGGCGGCUCGUCGUCUCCCGAGCUCCGCUCCUCGUCGUCGUCGUUCCACGGCCGAGAGGACACCGCCUCGUCGGACGGGGACAGCGGCGCGUCCAGCACGGACGCCCCGUCGCCGCGCCGUGACGAGUCCUCGUCGCGCAAGAGCCGCAACGGCUCGUCCUCGGGGCAUCACCACCACCACCACCACCACAGGUCAGCGCAUUCGCGGUUAGACCUGCAGACGGAGAACUUCCAGCUGCGCUCCGAGAUGCAGCGGCUCGCGGCCGAGGUUGCCAACCUGCGAGACAUGAUGAUGAGCGGCGGACCCUCGCCUCAUAACGGAGCGCCGCCCCCACCGCACCUGCACCCUCUGCAGGCGGGGCACGGAAACGGCACCGCGGGCGAGCACCACGGUCCCGACCACCCGCCGCACCUACAACCGCCGCCGCACCUCCAGCACCUGCAGUCGAUGGCGCAGGUGGCGCCACCACCGCCGCUCAGGCACCACCACAGCCACAACGGAACCAACGGACGCGGCGCGGACGAGAAUGGCUCGUCCUCCGGCGGGGUCGGCAACGGCUCCUCGACGCCAACAAUGAACGGUUCCAGUCGCGAGGACAACCCCAGCCACUGACGGAACAGACAAUUUCGUCCACACGAAGAAAGGCCAAGGUGUUCUCGCUUGUCGCCACCCUGUUCAUUUCCAUCGCGCGCCGCCGUCUCGUGAAAUGCGAAGUAGAGAAAGAGGAACUGCGUGUGCGCAGAGGCGGUGCCUGUACGGCCGUCACCUCUCGGCGCCGCUGGUGCGUCACGCAGCACGACCGAAACGCCUGCCCGCCAUCCUCCCCGGUUUCGUCAUCCCCUUACAAGUGUGCCUGGUGCAGCUAUGCCACGCCGCCGAAAAGCAAGGACUGGACUGCGCAUGAGUAGCGAAGCUUGUCACGUGAUGCCAUCUCUUCGUGCGCCGCGAAUGAAAAACUAAGAUUGUCCGCGUGCAUGCGCGUCUGUGUGUGUGUGCAAGAUUUCCUCCACUGACUGCCCGGUGCAUUGUUGAACCGACUAUGCUGUGGUCCUCAACAGGAAUGGACAAACUGCUCGUGCGCACUGACACCCUGCUACGUCACGCGUCAAAGCGGGCGCGACGUUUCGUCCGCGCCCACGUCAACGUGUUGUCCUUCUGGCUGGCUGGCUGGCUGUCUGGCCAGGCCACCGGUCUCCAUCAUAAUGUCCCGCGAUUAGUGGACAGCUGGCCUGCAAUCCUGCGCGCCUCUUCCACAUCGAUGAGUCCCCAAAAAUACACAUUUAAAAAAGUCAGCGUCCCGCCUGUUUGUCUGUCGGCUCUUGGUCGCCGUCGGCAGCUGCGCCACGACAUCGGCUGAAACAAGCAACAGUCACUUUCUGGUCCUUCACCUUGAUACGGCGCAGAAAAGACUCGCACUGGACUGUGCGCGUGCCGCUAGUUACUGCUUAUUCCGACGUCACCGGAAGAAGGCCGAAUCUUCUGUCAGCGCCACUGCGUCGCCUGUUUUUGGUUCGUCCGCUAGUGCUUGGCGCGACGGACAUGGUGCUACAAUGACCGGCCAGCGGCCCUCCUUACGCCCGCUGUGUCGGUGCUUCGACCUAGUGAUGUCAUGUCGACGGUGUCUACGUCAUCUGCGCGCACCUUUGGAGCGUGCACGCACCAUCAUCACUUCCAGUGGUGGUGGUGGAAGCAAGCAGGGUUUUGUAGCUACAGAAGGUUUCUUUUUAAUAUAUAUAUUUUUUUCAUUCCCGCCCGCUACCACGACACGUUUGUACGUCCUUGUCACACAUGGAGUUAUGUCAUUAUACUGUGCAGCUCGCCGCUGUGUCAUGAAAGCACUUGAAAUCGCAUGGAUACAAAAUUGCCGUAGAAAAUUUCUACACCCUAAAAACAAGUUUACGCCCUUCGGAGAGUAUCUUGUACCCAAACAAUAGUGAUCUGUUUUGCUCGCGUUUCCUUUGUUUAAAACACUCGGCUCACCGCUUUCCUAUCAAGAACGCUGCGUCACGCAGAGACUCAUGAUUUGGUGAUUUGCCGGGCGCGUAGCUUUAAAGAAAGGAAAAGUGCGCAAGGUGACGAUUAUUCAUUGGGGACAAGAUAAGUCCCGGAGUGUGCACACGUUUUGUUAAACUGCUGUGAAUAAGGCAUACGCAUGCGCAGAUGAUCACGGGGAGGCUAUCGCCUUCUUGUAUCCAUCAUAGUUAUUUUUCCAUUGCCAAUGUGACUGCUCUUUUUUGACACAGCGACAAGCUUCGGAGGCAAGCCGAAAUCAAACGUGCUCUUUGGGCCCAAUCAUAAUCUCGAUGCCAUGAACCUUGUUACUUCACACGGUGUCAAACCUUCAUUGUGAUCGUUUUUUUCCCUCAUUAUAGUUCCGAAUAAGAAUGCUUUGUUGUUUUAAGUUUCCGUUGUGUUCAAGACCCGAAAAAUUGGUUGCCAGGAGACCCUGGCAGUGGAAGGCAAUUUCUGCCAUGAUUUUCCUCUGUGCGUCACCGCGUACGUAGCAGUUUUCAUCGAAAUUUAUUUGCCGUGGUUCGCCAGGAGCCGUGAAUAAGAGUAAAGGUCUAAUACCGAGAAGAAACACACUGCAGAACACUGACAACAUGAUUAAUGGAGGCGUGUAGCUAUUUGACUAGAGUGGCUGGCUGGCUUCUUUAUUUCGAUGAGAUAGGAUAUGUUGGCCACAAGUACCCUGGCAGAAAGACAUACUAAGCGGACGCAUGCGCCACCAGCAAAAAACGCUUCAUCGAAGACAGGCACCAUUUGCGCCGAGCACCGAUUAUGUCCCCAUACCCGUCGACACACUGCUCAAAGUCGAAUUAUGAGCUGUUUCCAAAAUAUUACCACAGCAUGCUUUUCACGUGACCACAGUAAGUCUUGAUGCAGGCGAUAAAUGUAUUGCUUCUGAAAGAUCUGAACAGCUUCGUCAAACCUCCCGCACAUGGUUUGGAAAUCUGUGUGCUUACUGCACUGACUUACACGUCGUCGCUUUUCUGAUGGUCCGUGCUGAGGAACUUAACAUGUCGCACGACGAUUUGCAUUCUUUAAGUUAAAAGAAACACCGAAAAUGGUAGAGAUCUCCUCAGCAGUUCUGGCGAUCCAGAGCAUCUACACAUGUCUUGUAGGCACUGCCGUCUCAUGACCUGUGGUCUCAACGUCUCCAGAAUAGAAACGAAAUCGCCACGUUCUCGCCGUGCCAGUGCGAAUGAGCAAAUGAGCGGUAUUUAGACGAAAUUCUGCAGACCUUAAGAACCGUGACAUCACCUCUUUGUCAUUGAGAAUAAACAUAAGAAGAAGCUCGUUUUGCAGUCGUGCUGCGAGGCAUCAAGCUCGCUGUGGUCGCGUGACAGUUAGGUUACACUCGAACCUAGCAGUCUCCUGAAAAUUACGCGUGUUGAAUGCACUCACACCUCACUUAUCUCGGACACAUACUUCCAUGAAUUCCUGCAAUACCUUAUACGAGGCCCUGCUCCGUGGUGUUCGGAGCCCGCGGAAGAUGCGUAAUCUCCCGAUUGUAUGACGUCGCGCUGUGUUCCCAGCGGAGCAGGAGACAAAUAACGUUAGCUAGCGAACAGGAAACAACAGCUGCGCUAAACCUCGCGGUCGAGGCUUGAACAGAGACGGCAAGAAACGCAGUCGUGCACACGAGAAACAAACAGUUAUUCCUUGUCCGUGCUGUUCAAAGAGGUCAACAGCUUUCAAACGACCCUUCAACAUAAGUGAACCUUGUCUUUAAACCGCACUCUAACCGGUGUUAUGAAAACAGACGUAGCUCGUAACGGACUGCGUACUGCUAUGCUAGGCCUCGCGGUUCAUGUUUGAGAAAACUGACCAAGACAAAUUCAACCGUGCGGAUGAAGAAACGGCACACAGUGGUCGUUCUGCAGCCUGUGGUGUCCACGGACGCCAGAAGCCAGGGAACCUCCAUUUCGGAGAAGUGGCAUUCUCGUUAAACGACUGGUUCGUAACGGCACGUUUGCUCAGCGGCAGCAUUCAACAUAUGACGAGCGUCCGAGUGAGCUUAAGAAACUGCGACACUUGUUGUGACACGGAAGUGAACAGGGUGGUCUCCUUUGUGCGGGAAAAAAAUGGAGCACGAGGGACGCGAGAUGGCACUUCUUUUCCUUCAUUAUACUUUUUGGAGUGCAUUGUGAAAAGGCAAAGACAUUGACGAACGUUGUUUAUCACCGUUGUAGUCUGCCUGUUCAACCGACCUUUUCUGGUCUCUGUUGUGGAGAAACGAAGACGAUAUUACGUGCUGGUUUUGUCGGAUGCUUGUGAUGAUAACGCGUGUGUGUUUGUCGGUGAGUGCUUGUAUGUGUGACCGGUGAGUGACGACUGUGCCACUAUUGUACUGUAAAGAAAGGAUAUGGACAACGCACAUGGACAGUGCUGGUGCUGCUGAAACGCUUUAUUUGCCUGUUUAUAGCAAGAUUUUUCUUCACCUCUCGAAUGUCUUCACUGUUUCUCAUUGCUGUGCCGUACCCACGUAAAAACAGCUGCUUAUAUUUUCUUCGCUUGCUGCCUGAGGCAAGUUCUUUGUUAUUUUUAUUAUUUCUUCCUAUGCUCACAAUCAUAAGGACACGACUACAGCGAACAACGGCUCAGCCGGUUUCAAUUAGCAAUGAUGCUCCAAUGAAUCGCCAAGCGCAGCUACCAGUGGCAGCGAAACACUCUACGAAAAGAGGGAGUUCUAGCGACUCCGUUUGAGAGAGUAACUGGUUAUAACGCGUUUGACUCACUUUUAGGGAGUUCUCGUACUCACCUGGUGGAGUAUGUUCACUCUGCUUAAGGCACAGACGGAGUGAACGUACUCAUUCGGGUGAGUGAAAAUGCUCCGAAAAUAGGGUUCAACAGCGGGACAGGCAGUUACUCCCGCAAGAGGAGUCACAAACACUCCCUUCUUUUAAGCGUACAUAUUAGCGACGAGACAGAAGAGUACAGCAGCGAAAUAUUCCCUUAAUAUUUAGUUUCAAACCUACAGAAUGCUUGCAUUUUUAAGUUAUGUUGAAAGCUCUUCGUACAUGCAUUCUUCGCGUCACGUGUGUAAAAAUUUCUUCUUUCACUUUCAAUAAAUCGAAAUACGAUGAAAACGGAAAAGUUUAUACGCCUGCCCUUUUGUAUUCAAGGUUUGGAAAGAUUGGCCUGAGCAUUCGUGAGCGUCGCUCAAGCACGCGAGUGUCAAGUAGGUACGACUGGAAUAGAGACAAAACGAAACUGCACCCUCAAGUUGAUCUCAGCAAUCGAAGUAGGCUGUAAUCGCAAAUCUGAUAGACUUUUUUUUCUCAGACAUAGUUCUUCUUUAAUUGCUUCUCAACUUCAACGUCUGCAGAACGUAUUACUGAACGGAGUUAAUAAUUGUUUCUGAAAAACGCUACUGGCUACGGAUCCAUAGGCUACACAAAUUCUAUGAAAAAAAAAACCGUUUUCGUCACUGUCUAAACAUUACUCUUUCCUCAAGCUUCGAAACAAUGAUUCGAUAAACAUGUCACCGGCUUCACCGUAUACUGCGACCGGACAGUGAUCGUGACACUUCUCGGUUUUCAUUAUUUUGUAACGAGACAAAUAGUUCGUUGCCCAAACACAGAGAUCAAAACUUCAGCUGCCAUGUCGUCAGCUUUCUGGAAAAGUCUGGUGGUAACUGGAAUGGCGUGACGCUUUUCAUGCGACUAAAAUAUUUAAGACGAUGUCUGUGACGAUUGUUCCAGCUAGCCAAGGCCUGCAUGCCUGGCUGUCACGUGAUGCAUUGCGAAGCCUCCCGAACAGGCAGCUUACCCGUCAAACUGCCUGCAGUCGCCCCAGUGGUUGCAGCAGACGUAUAGACGACGAGAUCGCCUGUGUUGUACAGACGCUUUAGAAAAGCACCCCUAAACGAUAUUUAUUUUGUUCGACUUCUUUGCAAUCAUGCAGACGAUCACCGCAGAUGACAGACCGUCUGCUGCAGGCAGGGCGCUAGCGAGGAUGUGACGUAAUAAACGUUGAGCACGUGGGCUCCACGCUCCGUCUAUCCCAUGUAAUUCCAAAUGCAGCGUCACAGACGAUAUUACGGCAAUACCGCUUCUUGGCAGUUCAUUGUACUUUGUGUUCAAUCAAACGUCGCUGAUGUGCCUUUCUGUAAUGCAUCGCGCGUUCUUUUCUUCUGCACUGUCACACGAGUCAUUCAAGGAGUGUCUGUUUAUUUUUAUAGCUUCUUUCCGGUACGUUCUUGGAUCAAAAUCAUGCGAUGAGUGACGAAGCUCGCAAGGAAAAAAAAAGAAAUCCAGCAGGUUCUGGCUCGAGUAACGCCGACAUCAAAAAAACUCGACGUUUACUUUCUCAAGCAUGAGUUGUCAUUGGUGUUUUGAUAAGAAUAAUAUGUUUAGACUAAAGUUGUAUUGGUUUAUGCAAUCUAUGUAAAUUGACGCUCAUUGCCUUCUGUCAUACGGUGAUUACAGCUAAUAUACUUAAUCAAAAAAUCUCGCCGUCUGCAAGAUUCAGCACAAACAGACGAGAAUUCUGAAUAAAACUUUCGAUUAACGUUUUAGAGAGCGCCGCUUAAGCGUCUGCGCGUUGCGUUUGAUAAAGAGCACGGUGCCAAUGUCAGUAUAAUCAAAAACAAAAUUAGAUAGUGGUAUCCGCCACGUUUGGCAGCUGUAAAAAGUUUCACCCGUGCAAACAUAGUUGGAUUUCUUUCCUUUCUCUUGCGGAGUUCCCGUCAGUCAUAUAAAUCACCAGUGUGUGUUCCCAAUCUUGUCACUUAAAACUGAUAUCGAAUUUCUGUUGCCAUGUCGUGGGAAUUGUUGUGGAGCGGAAAUUGUUGAAAAAAAAAAGAAAUUGUUUUCCCUCUCAAUCUGUUUCACCGUUCAUACUCCAUGCUUUUUGUCUUUCGACAUUCUUCGUUCACGAAAACCAGAAAGAACUUCUGCAUGUGGUUUACGCCCCAUAUAUGAAUAACCGUUCGUCCAAACCUGUACUGUACACAGUCUGUCAGCGUGGUUUUUUUCGCGUUCACGACGGAUCGACAAUAAAUAAGAAGUUAAAACUA